CUGCUGGAAAUAGACCGCUAGUCAGGAUCAGGAUUGUGCGCUUUAAUUGCCCUAAGUAGCUCUUUCUGUUUCUGAUCUGAGAAACUGCUUUUCUUUGUUUACACCCCUGGAUAGUUGGAACUCCAGUGACAGCCUCCAACGCCAGCUCCGUAACUAAGUAACCGCCUCGCUCUACCGGGCAUGCGCACAAACCCUGAAGCUAUUUGUAGGAGGCCGACGGCGAGCGUCGCGGCGGGGUCCCAGCAUUCCUUUCGCGCCACCACCAAGAUGGCGGCGCCCAUGUUGCGGUGCAUUUCUCCGAGCCGGUGGUUUUGCACCCCGGGCCCGUUGGCAGUCUUGCCCCGGGGGCUGCGCGAAGCCCACUCGGGCGAUAAGGGGUUGCUGGCGGUGCAGAAGGCUCGGGGUUUGUUCAAGGAGUUCUUCCCCGACAAGGGCACGAAGGUAGAGCUCCCAGAGCUCUUCGACCGUAGCAUCGCGGGCAACCGUCCCCAGACCAUCUACUGCGGCUUCGACCCCACGGCGGACUCGCUUCAUGUGGGGCACCUGCUGACGCUGCUGGGCCUCUUUCACUUCCAGCGAGCCGGCCACAACGUGAUCGCCCUCGUGGGAGGCGCCACGGCGCGCCUGGGAGACCCGAGCGCCCUGCGCCGAGGGCUCGAGGCCCUGGCAGCGCAUCACCAGCAGCUCUUCUCCAAUGGGCGAGCCUGGGGCAGCUUCACGGUGCUGGACAACUCGGCCUGGUACCAGGAGCAGCACCUGGUGGACUUCCUGGCGGCGGUGGGCGGCCACUUCCGCAUGGGCACGCUGCUGAGCCGGCUGAGCGUCCAGACCCGGCUCAAGAGCCCGGAGGGCAUGAGCUUGGCCGAGUUCUUGUACCAGGUGCUCCAGGCCUACGAUUUCUACUACUUGUUUCAGCGUUACGGAUGCCGGGUGCAGCUGGGCGGAUCUGAUCAGCUGGGCAAUAUCACGUCGGGAUACGAGUUCAUCAACAAGUUGACUGGAGAAGACGUAUUUGGAAUCACUCUUCCUCUGAUUACAAGUACAACUGGAGCAAAACUGGGAAAGUCUGCUGGCAAUGCUGUGUGGCUGAGCAGGGAUAAGACAUCUCCAUUUGAACUGUAUCAAUUCUUUGUCAGGCAGCCAGAUGAUUCGGUAGAAAGGUACCUGAGGCUCUUCACUUUUCUGCCCCUUCCGGAGAUUGACCACGUAAUGCAGCUGCACGUCAAAGAGCCAGAAAAGCGGGGUCCUCAGAAACGGCUUGCUGCAGAAGUCACGAAGCUGGUUCAUGGGCAAGAAGGGCUGGAUUCUGCUAAAAGGUGUACACAAGCCCUUUAUCACAGUAGCGUAGAUGCACUGGAGGUCAUGUCUGAUCAAGAGUUAAAAGAGUUGUUUAAAGAAGCUUCAUUUUCUGAAUUAGUUCUUGACCCUGGAACAAGCGUCCUAGAUACGUGCCGCAAAGCUAAUGCCAUUCCAGAUGGUCCCCGGGGGUAUCGGAUGAUAACAGAAGGCGGAGUCAGUAUAAAUCACAGACAAGUAACAAAUCCAGAGAGUGUUUUGGUUGUUGGACAACAUAUUCUUAAGAAUGGACUUUCAUUACUUAAAAUAGGAAAAAGGAAUUUCUACAUUAUAAAAUGGCUUCAACUAUGAUGGAAAAUCCUUCUGAUGAUUCAAACUUACCGUCAUUCAUUCUCAAGACAUACGAAAGGUUGGCUCCAGAACUUAACAUUCCUUCACUUACGCCAAUCAGCAGAGAAUGGAGUAUAUACUCUAGGCCUCACAGUGUGAGUAAUUUCAUUAUUUAUAUAGGUUGGUUAAUAAGUUGUUUGUCUAAAUGAUGGGAUUUUAUUUCUUGAUCCUUAAACAUUAAGGACUACCAUAGAAAACCAUGGUUUCCAGAGUUAGUAUGUUUUAAAAAUUAUACUUUAUGAAAAAACUAAAUGCUGUCUUUCCAGUCCUAUCUUGCUCUCCUUUUUGGACAUGAGGAACAAUGAAAAAGAGGUAACCUAAGGAAUUGCAGAUACUUUUAUAUCAAGUAUAUAUAUCUCACUGAUCUCGCUAAUGUCUGUAUUAAAACCAGCAGUGCCUCUAGCAUCCACAUUAGAAAUCUAGUACUGGAAACUGAUUUUUGUUGUUGUUUAGGAACCAAAUACAGUUCUUAGAAAAGAUUAAAAUUCAGUACUUGACUUUUCAGAAAGUUUCUAAUUAUUUUCCAUUUCCUUACCUGUGUUUCAGUGGAACUAAAUUUACUCACCACCUUAUUUUGUCAAACUACUGAGGUAGCAAUAUUUUAUAAAUUUAAAAACUUUUAAAUUAGUUUUAAGUUUCAACUUCUGUCCCCCACCAGAUUACAACUUGAGAUAAACUGAAAACUUAAGUAACCAAAGAAGUAAAAGAGGCAAAUAUUAUGUUAUACCAACUAUCCAAUUAUAUGAGAAUAUCAAAAGAUACUCGGGUAAGGGAAGUUUUCAGGUCAAAUUUAAAGGAUUUCCUAUCAAGACUUAGUUAAGCUCUACAUAGUUUAGGCAAAUUAAAUCUCCAGAACUUAAAUUUCCACAUAUGACAAAUCCAUUUCCCUGAGGAUCAAGUGAAAGGCACAAACAUACAGAAUGGUUCAUAACCAAAUUUACUCUAGAAAACCUUACAGGCAGCAAAGGGUGGCUUUAAUGUUCAAGUUCUAGCCAUUUGCUACCUGGAUUACUUAGAGAAAGUCACUGUCUUUAUAUGCAAAAAUGGAGAUGUAGUAAGAAAGUCAAAACUUUGAUACAAUAUACACUGUAUUAGAUUUGUAAGUUAAAAAGCUAGAGUUUAUCUAAACCUUUUUCUGGGAGUAAAGUGAGGAAGAAUUCAUUUAUUGAUAAACUUUAAUGUCAUUUCAUACCAGCAAUUUUAUUUACACAGCAAGAACAUACAGGUAUCCAUUAUAAAUGUCAUAGAUCAUCUCCACAUUUCAGAACUUAACCCAGUUUAGAGCCAACAAAGGUUUCUCUUGCCUAUUUUUCUUUGUACUAGUACAAGGUAUGUAGUACUAGAAAGUGCAUUACCAUAGCAUGUCUUUAAAGGGAACAUUUUUUAAUUGGAAAUCUGUUUGAUAUACUGGAGAAAGAUGUGUUAGAAGGGUUUCCCCCCCUUAUAAAUUCAAAAGGCUAAAACAGUAGUUAUCUAAUCUGUCUAAAGUAAGUAAACAUGGAGGGGUAUAAUUCAAAGCUAAUGUUUAAAGAUGGCAGAGUGAUUUUAAAGUGCACUAACAAACAUUUUGAUACGAUGUAUUCUAUCAAGAUCUGAAUCUGGGUUUUUUUAUGUUUGAGAUAAGUUGGUGAGCCUGUUUCUUAGUAAAUGGGUACCUAAAGUUAACAGAUGUAUUUAUAUUGUCAAUAGUCCUUCAUAAAUAUUGUAACUUAAAAAGAAAUUUUAAUAUCUGCUAGAUGCCUUAAGAAUUUUGACCAUUAUCUUAACAUUUAUAAUGUAAUUCAUAUCAAAAAUCACCUGAGGAAUUUUAAUAAAAUAUAUGUUCUAAACCUCACUCCUGAAUGCAAAUUAGUUGUCUAUAAGCCAUUAGGAGUGUGUCAGCAUGGUUGUUGUUUUUUUAAAUAAGGCUCCACCAGUAUUGUCACACCUCUAUGCUAAUUUUGUUGGUGUGAAG